UGGUAGCAGUCAAGCGGAAGUCCCUGGUUCAGUAGCUGUGAGGAGCCGCAGGAAGAAAGUUGGAUACAUUAUUACUGACUGCAAAGUCCCUUGUUCAAUCAGAAACUGGGAAAUGAGGCGGAGGCAAAAGCGGCUUCUUCAGGCGGCCGGCUUAAUCCUUCUAACCGUAGUGUUUGUGCCGAACGUCGGGCUAUGGUCUCUGUACAGGGAGAAGCAGUUGGAGAACCCAGCUGAAGUGCUGCAGGGUUUACCAAUCAAGCCAAGACAAGACACUUUCUUCAUUGAUGAUGGAUUGAAGAAGAAAGAUUGGCACGACCACGAGGCAAUCAGAGCAGACGCAGCAAAAUUAGGAACUGGAGAACAGGGGAAACCUGUCUCAUUGUCUGAUGAAGAUAGAGCUGACCAAGCAUAUAGGGAAAAUGGUUUCAAUAUCUACGUGAGUGAUAGAAUCUCUCUCAAUCGGAGCCUCCCUGACAUUCGACAUCCAAACUGCAAGAAGAAACUGUAUUUGGCGUCACUUCCAAAUACCAGUGUCAUUAUACCAUUCCACAAUGAAGGCUGGUCCUCACUCCUGCGAACUGUGCACAGUGUCUUUAAUCGCUCGCCACCAGAGCUUAUUGCAGAAAUCGUACUUGUAGAUGACUUCAGUGAUAGAGAAUACUUGAAAAAGCGCUUGGAGGAAUAUAUGGCACGAUUUCCGAAGGUCAGGAUUGUGCGGACCAAGAAGCGAGAAGGUUUAAUUCGAACGCGGCUAUUGGGGGCCUCAGUGGCAAACGCAGAGGUCAUAACUUUCUUGGAUUCUCACUGUGAAGCAAAUGUGAAUUGGCUGCCCCCACUACUUGAUAGAAUUGCUCAGAACCGCAAAACAAUUGUGUGUCCUAUGAUCGACGUUAUUGAUCAUGACCAUUUUGGAUAUGAGACUCAGGCUGGUGAUGCCAUGCGAGGAGCAUUUGACUGGGAAAUGUAUUAUAAACGUAUUCCAAUUCCAAUAGAGCUACGCAAACCUGAUCCAAGUGACCCUUUUGAAUCACCUGUCAUGGCUGGAGGUUUAUUUGCUGUUGAUAAAAAGUGGUUCUGGGAGCUGGGUGGCUACGACACAGGCUUGGAAAUUUGGGGAGGAGAACAGUAUGAAAUAUCAUUCAAGGUAUGGAUGUGUGGCGGACGGAUGGAAGAUAUCCCUUGCUCCAGGGUAGGGCACAUCUACAGAAAAUAUGUUCCCUACAAGAUUCCAAGUGGAUUUGGCUUGCCCAGAAAUUUGAAACGAGUUGCUGAGGUGUGGAUGGAUGGGUAUGCUGAGUAUCUCUAUCAACGAAGACCAGAGUACAGACAUAUUUCUGCUGGAGAUUUGGUUGCACAGAAAGAACUGAGGAAUGCCCUUAAUUGCAAAAACUUUAAAUGGUUCAUGACUGAAGUGGCAUGGGAUUUGCCUAAAUACUAUCCACCAGUAGAACCUCCAGCUGGUGCCUGGGGAGAGAUUCGUAAUGUUGGUAUUGGUCUGUGUGUGGACAGUAAACAUGGGGUUUCUGGCUCACAGCUGAAGUUGGACGUUUGCAUCAAAGGUGGUGCAGAUGGAACCUGGUCUCAUGAACAGGUAUUAACAUUGGGUUGGCGAGAAGAUAUACGCCCUGGAGAUCCCUUGCACACUAGAAAAUUUUGUUUUGAUGCUGUUUCACAUAACAGUCCAGUCACAUUAUUUGAUUGUCAUGGAAUGCGUGGAAACCAGCUAUGGAAGUAUAAAAAGGACAAGACUCUGUACCAUCCAGUCAGUAAUAGCUGUAUGGACUGCAGUGCAACAGAUAAAAAUAUUUUUAUGAAUAUCUGUGAUCCUUCAUCUUCCACACAACAAUGGAUAUUUGAAAAUAUAAAUGCAACAGUCUUGGAAAAAAUGAUCAAAAACUUGUAGUGACUUGUAUUUAAAACACUGAGAUGUAAUCAUUCAUUUUUAUUGAGGGUGGGUUGUAUGGGAUGAUUUUGUAGCUAAAUCCAGGUUUUUUUUAUUGUUAUGGUAUUUUGAAAGGUUUAAUCUCAGGAAUGAAUCAGGUAUAGGCAGGUGUUUGUUAAUGAUGACAUCAUACGCUCUUGAAGUGUACCAAUGCUUGUAUGCUGAAAUACUAAAACUUGAGCUAAUUUCUAGUGCCUUGGCAAAUGAAAAGCAGAGAGUACAUGCAUCACUAUGGUUCAUACCUCACCUGGGCUAUUAGCCAGCUCACUCUUUGCCAAUUUAUUUUCUAAUUUGAUUAAAAAAAGGAAGGAUUUGCAUUUGUAAAACGCUUUUCAUGAUCACUAGGUGUCUCAAAGUGCUUUACAGCCAAUGGAGUACUUUUGAAAUGUAGUCAGUUAUUAUGUAGGAAACUUAUAAUCUUGCUAAAUUGCUGCAGGCAAUUAUUUAAAUCAACUGAUAUGAUAGCACUUUAAAGAAACCUGUACAGUGAAAAGUAACAAUUAAAAUUGACUGCAAUGUUUUCCAAACUGGCUAAGUAUCCAUGCUAUAUAAAGUUCUGUUUUCCUGAGUUUGCUGCAGUUUCAAAAUUCAUUAAUUGAUAAAGCAAAUAUGAAAGUUUAUUCACUAUUUAAUUAUCCUAACUACCAGAGUUACCUUUGGAAGAACUCCAUUUAAAUAAAAUGGAGUAAUAUAAAAUGUGGUAUUGUGCCUACAUGAUUGUGUAUUUUCUGUUUUUAGCAAUCAAGAUGCUACAUUUACAUGUUUCUCAUGUCAACACCAAUAUUACAUUUUAUUCUGGAUUCAGGGCUUUACUUAACCCUUUUAUUUUGCACUUUAAGAUGACAAUUUCUGCAUGCUACCAACCAAUUGGAUACUGGUUAUUAGAAAUGACUUUAUUUAAUAACAUGCAGGGACCUAUAUUCAAAUAACUUUAUGCAAUGUCUAUAACAAAAUUUGAACGCCCUCAGAAAUUUUGCAUAAGAAUCUUGUUUGAACUUGGAAUCUAUGAGCAACAGUUAAGCACAAUUUUGCUUUUUUAAAAAAAAAAUCAAUGAUGGGGAGUAUUUAAAAUUUUACUCAUUAUUUAUGUCUAUGCACAAGACAACUUUUAACUGCUAUACCAGCUCAUCAGGAGAAAAGAGUUAUAGGAAUUACAUAGUUAAUGAACUAUGUUUUCCAUAGUGAAUAAUUUUAGAAAUUUCUGUGAAAUGCUUAUACUCAACUAUGACUAAAUUCAAAGCUCCUUAUAGAAUGUUUAUGGGAUCGUCCAAUGAAAACACAAGGAUGCAUUACACCUUACAUAAUUUAGAGCACAAAAUUGGGCUAUUUAGCCCAAUCAGUUCAGGCUGGUGUUUAUGCUGCACCUGGGCCUCCUCCUCUCACCAUGCUUCAUUUCACUAACAACAUAUCCUUCUAAUCUUUUCUCUCACAUAUAGUGAUAUAGCUUCCCCUGAAAUUCAUCUAUACUAUUUGUCUUAACUACUCCAUGUGAGUAGCAAGUUCUACAUCCUCACCACUCUAAGAAAAGAUGAUUCUCCUGAAUUCCUUAUUGGAUUUAUUAGUGACUGUCUUAUAUUUAUGGUCCUUAGUUUUGGACACCCCCACAAGCAGAACUAAUUUUCUUUUCAAAAAUACAAAAUUAGUGGAGGAAGGGGUGCUGUGAGUUAAAUAUUAAGUUAUUAUUUUCCAGUAUCAGCUUUUAGAAAUUUUAAUAGUUUGUAGUGAUUUCUUCAAACAAACCAUUUACAUAAGCCUAAAUUGGGUACAUGCUUUGUUCAAUUCUGGUCAAUGGAUUGGAAUGCCUUUAGAGAAAUCAAAAAAAAUCACGUAUUAAACAUGCAUGUAAAAUACCUGAUCUAAUUAUAAAGAUAAGUCAGGCUCACAACAGUGUACCAUUACAAAGGAAACACGACAUUUCUGCCUUUAAGAAAAUGUGCAUUUGAAAUGGCCUUUUGAUAAGGCCAGUUAUAUUACGUUUUAAUUACAUAGGAUGGUGUAUGUAUCAACUACAGAAUAUAUUCUGACAAUUUUUAAAUCAUUGUUAGAACUAAAGUGCUUUACCUGUUUAAAUGUACAGUCCUCAAAAUUGAACGUCCACUAGCUCUAAAACAGCUUGUGUAAAGACUUUCUGGUAUUUUCCAUCAAGUCCUUUUUUUUUUUGCUACGUGAAUUAUUUCAUUGUAAAUAUCUGAGGAAGUUGACAUAAAUUGUACUAUUAAAUGAAACAUGGCUCUUCA